UCUGCAUCUGUCCCUUCACAAUCUCCGGUGUCCACGACUCGAUCGACAUUGAACGUACCUACUUCAACAUCCCCUCAAGCACCCGUUCCCCGAUAUCUUGUCCGUACAGACGUACACUAUGACAUAUUGAGCAACACCCUUACCGCCAUGCUCGAGCUUCCUGGUGUUCCGCGUGCAGCGAUACGCAUUGCACUAGGUGAUGACGUACGCUCUGGAACGAAGAUGCUUAUCGUUCGUGGGCGAAUGCGGAGAGUUACAUUUCCUUUGCUUAACAAGGAUGGGAAUAAAAUUGUAGAUGGAGCGGAGGGAAGUGAGGACAACGGUUAUGUGGUUAAGGAGCGGAAAUGCGGAGAGUUUAAGAGGGUGUUGGUCGUACCAACGGAGACUAAGCCCGAAGAUAUACGAGUCUCGAUGCAGGAUGGGAUUCUGUUCUUGCGAUAUCCAGCUGGAGAGCAGGACAUCUUGCUUGCUAGUUCGUCUCAGAAACAAGAGCAGGCUCAUAAUGCCCAACCACAUACUCCAGCUGGAUCAACGCACUCGGGAAGUGGGUCUGGCACAUCAACUCCAAAAACGAGCAUAAACCAGCGCGGUGCCAGACUAGUUACCUUCCAGUCUGGCGUAACGCACUCCGAGGUCGGCUCUUCCUCGGCCUCAACCCCAAACUCCAGACCAGUAGUCAAUGGCCACAUACAAACUUAUUCGCCGAAUCGUGGACCCGAUGCUGCUUCUUGA